UUAUGAGUUUGCAAGUUGGUGUAGAAGACUAUCAACCAUGACUAGAGUCCCCAAGUCUCUUGUCUACUCUUCACUUGCAAGGAACCCUUGGCCCUUUCCUUCUUCUUCCUUGUAACCCUUUGUUUUUUUUAAAGCAGGGUUUUCAGUUUAAAGCUUUGCUAUUUUUAAAUAUGGGCGGUGGAGAGAAGAAUACAGUGAAGACCUUCCAUUUACACCUACCGAAUCUUCAUCAUCAUCAUAAUCACCAUGGGAAGAAGCAAACAAAGGAUGUGCCAAAAGGGUGUUUGGCUAUCAAAGUAGGGUCAACAGAAGAGGAGCAACAGAGGUUCGUGGUGCCGGUUAUUUACUUCAACCACCCAUUGUUCAUGCAGCUGUUGAAAGAAGCCGAAGAAGAGUACGGGUUCGACCAGAAGGGUACCAUCACCAUUCCUUGUCACGUAGAGGAGUUUAGGAAUGUUCGGGGCUUGAUUGAUGGGGAGAAAUCCCUUCUUCAUCAUCAUGUCGGUUGUUUUAGGGUUUCAUAAAAAAAAUCUUGUUAUCAAUAGAUAAAGAAAAAUGAUACAACGAUGACGAUAAAACGUUGUUUAUAAUUGCAUUGCCCCACGUAUAUAUUUGUUUGGAAUCAUAUUGGAAAAGAAGCAGCGAAUGCCUCUCUCCUUUUCAUUUAUUUUCAAUCUUUAAAGAUAAUAUAUUGAGGACAAGAUCCCUUGGUAGGCUCAUUGCCUUUGCUUUAA